AUCUGCUCUACGUACUAUGAAAAUGAAAUACUUUGCGCUGUACAAUUGUAAACAGUAGAUUGAGGUUGAUCAGGGAGUAAAUGUGGGUAAAAUCGACGUUGCUAUGAGAUUAUAUGUGGGACAUUAUUAAAUCUCGUAUUCCAAAAUGCAAAUACGAGUAACUGAAUGACUUCCACUUCAUUUUAGGAUCUUAUACUAUUUUGUUAUAUUUAUAACUGUUUUGGGGAAAUGAUUGUUACUAGAUGUAGGAAAUAUAGAAAAACGUCGUUGAAAAUUAUAAACCAAAAGCACUUGUACUACGGUUCAGUACACAUUUUCGUGUAAACUUACCAUAAUAUGUACACAAUAUGAAACGUAAAUUUCAGAAUACUUAAACAUUUUGAAAUGUACACACUUUUACAUGGUUUGUACAAGUAUCUUGUGCAAAAAGAUGAAUAUUUUAUAUUGAUAUUAGGAUUGGACAAUGCGGGAAAAACGACCUAUUUAGAGGCAGCAAAAACAAAAUUUACAAAGAACUACAAAGGUAUGAAUCCUAGCAAAAUUACAACAACUGUUGGCUUAAAUAUUGGAAAAAUUGAUAUUGCUGGUGUUCGCUUUAACUUCUGGGAUCUAGGUGGUCAAGAAGAACUUCGAUCAUUGUGGGAUAAAUAUUAUGCAGAAUCACAUGCUGUAAUUUACAUAGUUGACUCAUCAGAUCGUGAAAAAAUACCUGAAUCUAAAGAAACAUUUGACAGAGUUAUAUCAUCAGAACAUUUAAUAGGUGUACCUCUUUUAGUCCUAGCAAAUAAGCAAGAUGUGCCUGAUUGUAUGGGUGUUAGAGAAGUAAAACCUAUUUUUAAUCAAAAUGCACAUUUAAUUGGACGAAGAGAUUGCAUGGUAAUGCCUGUUUCAGCUUUGAAUGGGGACGGCGUAGAUGAAGGCAUACAUUGGCUUGUGGAUUGUGUCAAGAGAAACAGUGAUGUUCGACCACCUCGUAAUCAAAAUGAUAAUUGCCUAUCCUAAUAUUACAUUCCUGUUUUGUUAUAACAUAUAGAUUAAUUUAUAAACAAUAUUUUAAUGUAACAAGUUCAGUAUAUCUAUUAGAAACAAUUUAUACUAAUAAACUUUGAUUUUUUAAUUUAAA